AGAAAGAGGAACUUAACAGGGUUCAACCGCCUGCAGGAAGAGUAAAGACGAAUUUACAGAGUAAACUAACUGAUCCAUCCCAAACAUCUGAAGAUCACCAGGAAUCUUCACCAUGCCCACAGUAAAAGAGCUGGACACGACAGAGCAGCUGAAGCAGUCCAGAUUCGGUCAGCCUCCGCCCAGACACGGACUCAAUCUGCUGUACUGGUUUGCAACAGAGUGCAUUUUUUUAAACUUCUAUGAUGAGAUCGUCCGGGAAUGUGAUCCUCGGUCUUCCAAAUACGGAUUUCACUUCUUCAACAACAAACCCGACAACAACGGAAUCAGACUCCUGCCGGAGAGCAACGAGUCGUACUACAUUGUGGGAAAUCUAAACCAUUACAGGGCGUCUGAGCUGCCAGAAUACGUCAGAGAAGCUUAUACUGGCUAUCUGGACGGCAGUAACAUGGACCGAAUUAUCGUCAAGUGGAGUUUUGAUCAAGUUUACGUGACCCAGCACUGUGACCGCUGGAACUUCGACCCAAGAACCACCUACCGCAUCAGCCUGUCCCUGCUCAAGAAGAUCAGGCAGAGGAGCAGGAUCGAGUUCCUAAAAGAGAUGGGUUAUCAAGAGGAGUCCAAGUGCAGUGACGUCUGCUCAGAUAACGAUCCUGUGUUAGAUGAGAUUGUUGUCGAACCUGCACCACAUCGAUACACCCCGCGGGUACGCCCGGUGGAAACGUCCAGGAACAAGAGCUGCUGCGAUUGCUGCACGAUUCUUUAAACUGUUUUGGGGAAAUAUGCACUGUCCACAUUUUAAAGGAUUUUUUAAGUGUUUUAGACCGUCAGAUGAAAAUAAGCAUUCAGAUUAUUAAACCAAACAUAAAACUACUUUUAAUUUAGGCACAAGUCUAUCCAGCAGUCAGUUCACCCCUGUGAAAAAGUAAAUGCUCCCCUUAACUGGUUUGAUCACUUUACAGAACUGCUUCAGAUCAGACUUAGUCCUGAUGACCAGAUACAAGCUGCUUGUUCCAGGUUGCAGCAUCUCUGUCGGGUUCGGGUCGGGAAUUUUGGAUCGUUGUCCCGCUACGUAACCCAAUAACAGCUCAGCUACAGCUCAUGGGAAAAAUUCUGAACAGCACAGCAUCCCCCUACCACCCAAGUACCAGAACUACGUCUGACUGCUAUUAAAAUGCUGGAUUUAUUAUUUACUAAAUAUAAUAAUAAUAAGACCCUUGUUGUGUAAAUUAAACAUGGCCAUAAAACACUGAUCAGGCAUAACAUUAUGACCACUUAUCUAAUAUUGUGUUGGUCCCCCUUUUGCUGCCCCAUAAGCAACGAACUGUGAUGCUUCUUCAGCAGUUUGAGCUACAGUAGCUCGUCUGUUGGAUCGGACCACACGGGUCAGCCUUUGCUUCCCACGUGCAUCAAUGAGCCUUGGCCGCCCAUGACCCUGUCGCCGGUUUACCACUGUUCCUUCCUUGGACCACUUUUGAUAGAUGCUGACCCCACAAGAGCUGCAGGUUUGGAGAUGCUCUCACCCAGUCGUCUAGCCAUCACAAUUUGGCCCUCGUCAAACUCGCUCAGAUCGUCACGCUCGCCCAUUUUUCCUGCUUCUAACAUCAACUUUGAGGAUAAAAUGUUCACUGCCUGAUAUAUCCCACCUACUUACAGGUGCUGUGAUGAAGAGAUAAUCAGUGUUAUUCACUUCACCUGUCAGUGGUCAUAAUGUUAUGCCUGGUCGGUGUACAUGUUCUGUGUUUAGCUCGUCUUUUUCAUUGAAGAAUCAUGACCACUGACCUCUGCCGAGGCUAGAAGAUGUCUGCAGGCCUUCAGCUUUUCUCAGGGACCUUCUGUGACUCUCUGGAUGAGCCGUCACUGAGCCGUUUACUCUUGUAAAUAUUUACUACUGUUCCAAGUGUAGGUCUGUAGGCUACAGAUUCACAAUCGGGAACUGGAAUUGACUAAAUUUCAACAACAUGGUUCUCAGCUCUUUUGAAAUUUGCUUGGUAGUGUUCCUGUAGAUCUUUUAAAUUACAAGCUUGAAUUGUAUUUCAGAUGCGAAUCACUUGCAAGUAAAUGUAAACGUGUGGAUUGUCAGAUCUGUUAAUUCAGUGGGUAGCAUUGUCGCCUCACAGCAAGAAGGUCCUGGGGUUGAUUCCCUUUCUGUGUGGAGUUUGCAUUUUCUCCCCGUGUCUAGGGUUUCCUCCAGGAGCUCCGGUUUCCUCCCACAGUCCAAAGACAUACAGUCAGGUUAACUGGAGCUAUGAAAUUGACCCUGGGUGUGUAUGUGUGUGUUUGCCCUGUGAUGGACUGGGGACCCGUCCAGGGUGUUUCCUACCUCUCGCUUAGUGAACUGGACCCAUCACGACCCUGAAUAGGAUAAAGCGAUGGUAAAACAGACAAUGUUUAUAAAAUAAAUCUCUACGUUGGAUUUGCUGGUACGGUCUCCAUUGAACCAAGCGGUCGCCUCAGUGUUUCCAGUAAACAUGUUCUCCUGUUGUGUGUAGCUACAGUGCUAGUAUGUUGAACAGGACGAGAAGUCUGGAGAAGCAGCAGCACCUUAAAAUCGUCUACAAGUCGGAUUAAAAUGACGGGCGAUGAUCUUCAGAUGGGAGGUACUCGCACUUUUAAUUACAGUAGAGUAAAUCUGCACUUUUACUUACACAGAUCUGCUGGAAACAGGGUGGAAUUAUUAGAUUUAUUGAUGGAUUAUAUCCUGUAUGGGAUAUUUAACUCUCCUUUGUAGAUUUAAAUGACUUUAUUGCACUUUUUUGCUAAUUCUGCCUUAAUUAAAGUUUGUUAAAUGUUCAGGUGUAGAAACAUGAAUUUCUGUGAUGCACAACAAUUUUGUAUUUUGUAUUUUUUUCAUUUAUAUUCA